CUCAGACUCGUCACACACACAACGCUAUUACUUCGCUUUCGACAUCCGACGACGAAGACGAUCCAUUCUCGUCUAGAGUGGGAGUUGAUUUGGCAGCACAAUACUGACAUUCCGCAUAAAGUACCCGUCGCCUCUCUAUUUCUUAAAGCGUCUGCACUGAGUGCGGCAAGCUUGCCGACCACCCACGUUGAUGGUCCAGAGGACUCCUCCAGCCAUACGCCCCAAGACACUGACUACUUAUCGUGGUUUGAAUCCAGUAAAACCACUCCAUUUUUCGGGCUUCAAAGUUGCGACGACUGCACUUCAAGGCCGUGAACAACACUCCGGCGGAGCUCCUGUCACUGGUGUUUCCGAGGGUUUCCUUAUCCCUUCUGCCUCUGCCUUCCUCAAAGCGAAGCAGAAGAUGAAACUGUGGCAAGAAGAAGAAGAAGGGGCUACAAUCUCCGCAACCCAGCAGCAUGACUCGGGGGAACUGGUCUCGUCAGUGGUGUCUUCCCGGAUGGCCACCUGCACUCCAGCACCGAAGGCAUCUUUAUCUCACAUGCCUGAAACCCCUGUGCCGACUGCGCACGAUAUGGUACCAGGCUCGUUUCAGUUCGCAGGCACCAAGCACUCGAAAUCAUUUAAAUCUCCUUUAGUCGCUACCACAAUCAACUCUCCCCUACAACGAUCCACGAUUGCCAACAUUAGCACCCCAGUCAGCGGUGCUGGCCCGUCAUUCGCACCGCCAUCUCCUCAACUUCCGGCAUCUACACUGAGGGCACAACCUUUUCAGCGCUCGUUAGGCUAUACAAUAGGCAGCGGAAGAUCAGCACCUAAAUCAAGGUUUGUCACCCCUUUCAAGAAUGGCAAAGGUCCUGCCUCGUGGGACUUCACACCCUCGAAGACUUCAACCGCUCUCCGCUCCAGCACCAUUUCUAGUCCGAUAUAUCCCCCCUUGACCACGCGUAAGGAAAGUGACAAUAGGCCAGUGACAAAAAAUGCUCUUAAUGCACCUGCAAUUGCUGGAAGGACGUUACUUGCCUCCUCAACGCUCAGACCACAAUCCUAUCGGGCAGAGGAGCUCCAAGGUUUUGGGAUAGACGUCAAGGAACUAAAGGAAAUCAACCCUCGUACCGCUCUUUCCUAUUCAUUUCGGGCUGAGACAUCGUCAUCAGGCAGAAAUUGUAAUACACCGUUGGGUCACGCUGCCGCUUUAGAAGAGCUUCACGCAAAAGGGUGCUCUCUUGCGACAAAAGCAUGGGUCGAAAACCAUUGGUCACUCGUGCUUUGGAAAUUAGCCGGUAUGGUCGCCCUUGAUCCAAGGAGUGAACUGGACCCAGCUCGGAGGCGCUGGUGCUGGUCUGAGGUGAUACGUCAGUUACUCUAUCGGUACGAGCGAGACUUAAAUGGAUCUUCGCGCCCACCGCUGCGCUUGAUCGUGACCAGGGAUGUAUCAGUGGAGUCGCCAAUGGUCCUUUGCAUUUCAAAUAUCAGCUGGCCUAACGGUGAGGUUGACGAGAAUGGGCGGUCUGUCGUGUCGCGUCCCGAACUGGAAGUUACGGACGGUUGGUACAGGCUUCGGACUCACGUGGACGAGCCUCUGGCCAGAGCCACGCGCAAGGGAUUUAUAAGGAUUGGGAGGAAGAUCGCUGUUGCUGGUGCGAAGCUCUCUUCACAACGCAAAGAAGGAGCAGAGAUUCUCGAAGCCUACGAUUCGACUGUCCUUGUCAUCACCGGUAAUUCGUCUCAUAUGGCUCCGUGGCACGCGAAGCUUGGUUUCCAGAGAACACCCUUCAUAGCGACGCUGAAUAGUUUGACGCCCGAUGGCGGGAAUGUCGCCGCGAUGGUUGUUGAGAUUAUCAAGGUUUAUCCAGUCGCAUAUAUCGAGUUCGUCGAGGACGAGCGCGGUCAAAAGACACCGGACGGACCUCGUGACGAGAAGGAGGAGACAAAACUGCAAUCACAGUGGCAGAGGAGGCGAGAAUCAGAAGCUGCAAAGUUGUGGGCCAUAUAUGACGAACGGUGGUCCACGAUGCAUGGUUACGCGGAACGCCUUGAGGAGCGGGCGCGGUCAGCAUUUCCAAAGCACGGAGAGCCCCCGGACAACUUUCAUGACCUAUAUGAUGCACUGAAGGAGGACCCAGCGAUGGCCAAGAAAAUACUAUCCUCGAUUAGGCCUCAGGAUGCAGGCUGGCUUGCGCGACAUAUUCAAAGUAGGACCGUUCAAGAGCGAGAGGACGCAGAGAGGGAGAUUGAGCGAGAGCUCGAAGCUCUCUGCCCUGCGCGAGACGUGAAGGAUUUUUGUGUCGUUGCCGUGAAAGACGCGCGCACAUUACGGCGUCCCCAAAAUCGGACAGCCCAAAUAACCGUGUGGGAUGCGGUUAGUCUAACAACGGGCGAGGAAUCGAUCAAGGGGUUUGAAACGGGUCAGCGAUACCUGGUUACGAAUUUAAUACCCACACAGCCGUCAGCAUGGAUGGACAGAUCCCCCGGUUCAGUGGUUUACCUGGCAACGAAAAGAAACUCCAGAUGGACGCUAAUACCAAAUACUUCGUCGGGAUGAUCAACAUGUACCUCUUCUCUAUACGAUCAUCUAGUAAUAUACCAGUGUAGUAAUGUCGAGGUUCGGAGCUGGGUCCC